GAAAACCGCUACGAUCUCAGCGCGGGAUGCCUACCUUGCCCACCAUGCUAUAGCCUAGUGCAAAAACAAGUCCACAAGCUGCAGAAGAGGUUAUCGGAAGUUUUUGCCAGCAAUGGCGGUCCUGAAUUUGAGGACAGUGGAAACAGUUCCUUACUCUACGAGCAGAUCAAAAAGCUCAACAACACCGUCCAAGAAGUCUACAGUGCUGUUUUGCAGAACAGUCUUGUCAGUUCUGCUGUCACGAAUUCCGACCAAUUGGAGGCGACUACCGGAGACCUCCUGAAGCGAGCAUCAGACCUUACUAAGGAGUUAGAGAAGUACGAAAUGCACAGGCCUUCAUGCACGCGUCUGGAUCUGACCCAGCGACUGGAUUCGGUGAAACGCGAUCUUGCCAAACUAGCCGAGAGGGUCAAGACGGUGGGUCAACGAGAACUGGAUAGUUUUGCUGAGAAGGUGGCUGCCUCCGUAAACCGAGACAGCACUCUGACCGAACAAGCGCGCAAUGCUACUGAAACCGUCAAGCCUCUUCUAGAGGAGGCCUCCAAACUGCGAAAGACAGUCCAAGAUAUUGACACUACGCUUCGUUCUGUUGAAUUUGAUGCAGAAAAACUGGCUCAAAGUACUCACAGGGCUUUCGAACGACUCAAUGCAGAACUUAACAGGCUGAAGGAGGUUAUGGAAGUCCCGAAGGGCUAUCUCAAAGGCAAGAUUGACCAUGUACAGUUCCUCACUCUGGAACAGCGCCAACGUUUAGAGAAACUAUUUGACGCCUUGAGGAAGGUACCAGAUGUGGGUGCUGAGCAGUCUAAGCUGGAAGAAAUUCUUGGAGACUGGACUGCGGCCCUUAAUAUGGUAAAUGAGUUUUCUUUGUGA